AAGAAAGAGGAGCACAUGAACCAAUCAGAGAAGACCUCACUGCUGCCUGGAGACCAGCGACCAAUGAGAAGCGUCCGUCUGAGCGCGCAGAAACGGAUCUGUUGCUGUGUUUGUGUUUCUGAGUUUAUUAACGACACCAGGAUCACAAAGCCUCCUAGAAUGAGUCUCUCUCUCCGACCGGAUCUUGCAGCCGACAAAAACAAGCGUAAGAAGAGGAGAGAGCUCACCGAGGAUCAGAAACAUGAAAUCAAAGAGGCGUUCGAUCUGUUUGACACCGACAAAGAUAAAGAGAUAGAUUACCACGAGCUGAAGGUGGCGAUGCGAGCUCUGGGUUUUGAGGUAAAGAAAGUGGACGUCCUGAAGAUCCUGAAAGACUACGACAGAGAGGGGAACGGGAAAAUCACAUUUGAGGAUUUCAACGAAGUGGUGACCGACCGCAUCCUGGAGCGAGACCCGAAGGAGGAGAUCAUGAAGGCCUUCAAGCUGUUCGACGACGACGAAUCAGGGAAGAUCAGCCUGAGGAACCUGAGACGGGUCGCUCGAGAACUCGGGGAGAACAUCAACGACGAGGAGCUGCGGGGGAUGAUCGACGAGUUCGACACGGACGGGGACGGGGAGAUAAACCAGGACGAGUUCCUCUCCAUCAUGACGGCAGACUCCUGAUCCGGAUGUUCUAGUCCUUGGACCGGUCGUCCUCACAGACUGAACAUCAUGGACUCUGAUAGUCUGAAGGAGUCUGGACUUUUGACCUGUAGCUCAUCACAUUAAAGGACCAUCUGGAGCCGGUCUGUCUCUGUCUGAAGGUUCACGUGUUGAUAUCAUGACUUGUUUGUGUUUGAUCCGGUUCUGUUGAUCUCUCCGUGUUUGUCUGAAGACGUCCUCCUGAAGGAACGAGAGCGUCUGUAUUUAAGGUGUUUGAAUGUUUUAUUUAUUUUGUACUAAAUAAACAGAGUAGUCUUCA